GAAGACGAGUAUAAGCCAUUAAAUAUUCUUGCUCAUUUCAACAAAAAACAUUCUGGAAUCAAAAGAUUUCAGGGAGGUAUCUAUGAGCAACAGUUAGUAGAAAACGUUAUGAUCGAAAAAUGGGCUAAUUUGCCAAGCAAAGAAGUAAGUGAACUAAUAGACAGUUUGAAAGAAAAAUAUAACAUUAAAGAAGAUGUUGUAAUGCAAGCAACUACUGCAUCAACUGGUGAAAAGGCUGAAGAAAAAGGUGGUAAUGUUUCCCUAAAAUUAGUAGAGAUAGGGGCAAACAAAUUUCAAAUCUAUAAAGAAAUCGUAAGUAUUGUUAAGGAAGAAAAAAAUGAAGAUAUCGGUCCGGUUCAAGCCAAGAAUCUGGUUGAGAAAGAAGACAAAAUUAUCUUAGAGAAUAUUGCUCGGGAUAAGGCAGAAGUAAUUAAAAAGCGAUUAGAAGAAAAAGGAGCGAAAUAUUUGGCUGCUAAUCGUUCGCCACUUUUUCAACCUUUGCCAGAACGAGAUUACGCCCAAGAACAAAAAUUAUCUUAUUUAAAGUUUCUCUAUGAAAGAUUACCACAGUUGCUGUCUUUUUAUUUUCCGGCCGAGUUCAGUGAUUAUAAUAACAAUGUUAAAAUAAGCGUUGAGAAAUUUGUCUGUCAAGAACCUGAAAUAACUGAAGAGCAGGCGCGGGCUGAUUCUCAAACUUGA